CAUACAGAGGGCUGACAAUACACGGUGGACCUCAUAGGGAAAUGCAAGUGUUAAUUAGGGAAACAGCCAUACGAGGCUCCAGGAUGUGAAUUUUGAUUUAUGAUUCGUUCGAUUUGUUAAUUAGGGAACUAGCCAUACGAGGCUGCAGGUUGUGAAUUUUGAUGACUGAUUUGUUCGCCUGAUUCAAUGUGAUUAAUUUUUUUUAUUUCAUUUGGUGGUAGUGCUAGCUGGAGAUGGUGGGGAUGAGACAGAAGCAGCGAGCCAUCGUAACUCCAUGGGUGGCACCGGCAAGCGUGCAAGAGUCCAACGUCACGGCAGAUCUUAUCUUGCCUCAUGGCCACCAUGAGUACUCCAUAGGAGCCACGCUGCCCAUGUUGAACAAUCUUUGGCCGCCUCACGUCCUCAACUGAACUAGGUUAUGAUUCAUCUCCUCAAUUGGCAUACUCAAUUGUCAAUGAUACCCUUGGCGAACGGUGCAUCAAUGGUACACCAUUAAUCUGUUCAUGCCACUCCUUCUUGAUGCCGGUCACCAUGUGGCGAUAGAAGGAAGCAUGCCCAACAUCGAAAGGAGGCACGUACAACAUCGUAAGGAAGCAUGACAAACAUCGGCCGGUGGUGUCUGCAUUGCGCCUAGAUGGCACAAACCUAACUUUAUAUGUCACAUUUUGUUUUAUGGAAGCAAACCUGAUUUCUUUGUAUGUAUAUUGUAGUUCCUUUGGAAGCAAUAGUUCAUUUUGUUUCAAACCAAUGCAGUGUUUCAAUGGUAAAAAUAAUUCUUCUUGGAAACACAUAUUUGUUUCCUUGGAAGCAAUUUAAUGGUACAUUGGAAACAAUUCUCUGGUCCUUUGAAAUAUAUAUUUUACUGUGCCGCAAAAAAAAAUACACGGGUGCACUGGACAUAAAAUUUCACCUAAUCUAAACAAUCUCUGAUUGACAUGGAAGCAAAUUCUCUAGCCGACGGAAACAAAAUGAAUUGUUCAAUUGCUAGCCCUUACUACCACGCAAGUACUUCUGUACGUAGUUCAAGUGAUUUGCUUAGAUUUUUUUUGAAGUUCAGAUUUGCUUAGAAAUUUAGUAAAGCAUGUUUCCACCUAUCACAAGACGUGCUUCCUUCCUAGCUCUCACCACCACACAAGUGCUUCACUAUCGUACAUAUGUAAUGCUUCAAGCACACGUUCAUGUACAUGGCAGACCAUUGCAUGCAUGAGCUUAGGCAUAUAUUCCUACAAAGCCAUCUAUGAUUAGGCAACCGGCCAUCUUUUAUGACGUCGUGGCAAACGUUCUUUGAUGACGUCGUGGCAAACUUUUCUUUAUAGUAGUAGUAGUAUAGUUAAUCAUUGGAAAUCGACAGACUAUUGCAUGAGCUUAGGCAUAUAUUCUGAAAUUUUGAAGUGACAAUUCUUUCGAUAAUGAUGACAUGACUUGUUCCGCCCUUUUUAUAUUCGCAGCCAAAGUUGUGACUUCUGAACUGCCUGCAUCACUGGCUUGCAUCCAAUUCUCUCACCGGUACAGUGGUCCUUAAUUUGAAUUGACUAGCAAAAGCACAUAUACUCCAUUAAUUGGUACGACUAUACUUGUUAAUCAUCUUGUUCUUUAUGAGCAUGUGUACCCCUCAGACCUGUAUAAAUGAUCGAACUGCACCCACAUAGAGAGACCGCAAACCCUAGCUCCUAGCGACAAAAGCCACCAACAAACUCGUAGAGACAGCUGAUAACUGAUGGGGAACUGCUGCCCAUGCAUCCCAUCGUGCUGCUGCCCGGACAGCCUCACAUCGUGCUGCUGCCCGUGCAUCCCAUCGUGCUGCUGCCCGAAAUGUGAGCCAAGCCUGGUUUGCAAGUGCUGCCCGACCUUUAACUGCACCACAUGCCCGACCAUCAACGUCAACUGUGGUGGCGGCGGUAAGGCACAAGCUAGAUAGAGAAACAACGCCCAAGUAAGUGAAGAGCGUUGCCGGCCGUCCGCCGUCGCCACCUCCUGUGCGAUUGUUCGCGGGUCUAUGCUCUGCCAAUGGUGUAGGCAUUCUGAAUUUCCGGUUUUUUUAACUAGCAGAGUGGCCCACGCAAAUGCGCGGGUAUCAAAUUUGUUGUGUGUUAAUAUGUUUAAAGUGAUUAAUUAAUAUGAUAUAUUAUGUACUUUGUUACUAUUUAUUUACUGCCUUCAGUUUACUCUUUGCCUCUCGUUCCCUACCAUCUUCUCGUAUGUCUCUUUGCCUGACAGUUCUAUCUCUGAUCUUGCCCGAGCUGGUUCGGACCUGCAUCUGCGUUGUUCCCUCUCUCCCGAAGAGUUGAAUCAGUGGCAGCAACUUGUUGCACUCUUUCCCGUGCUCUCGGAGGAGGCCGACCAGGUGACUUGGCCUCACACCUCUUCGGGCCGCUUUUCAGUUAAGUCGCUAUACUCUAAACUAGUGAAUGGCCUACUGCUCCCGGUUCAAUGAUAUUUGGCGGGCCAAGAUUCCUCUGAAAAUUAAAAUCUUUCUGUGGCAAGCCGUGCGUGGAAAGCUCCCUGCAGCAGACCAAAUUCGCAAGCGUAAUGGACCUGAGACAUAUUUCUGUAAGCUUUGUGGGGCUCGGGAGGACACCAAGCAUUCUAUUUAACUGUCAUCUCACCAAAUUUUUCUGGAGUGCUAUUCGGUCUUGGCUGCGUGUCAACUGGGCCCCUGGUUCCUUCUCUGAGCUUCGAUCCUGCUCUACAUCCCUGUCUGGUAUGAGCAGGCGUUUAUUUUGGGUGGGAUUUGCGGCCAUGGCCUGGGUACUUUGGACCACUCGGAACAAAUUUAUGAUUGACAAUGUGUUCCCAUCCAAACCCACUGAUUGUCUUUUCAAAUUAACCUCCUUCCUUCAGCAGUGGAGUGUUUAGCCCAGCUUUGUUUUUUUGGUUGUAGGUAGGUGGCCUGCGCGCCAGUAUUUGGGCUUCGAUGCCUUGUAAGGAAGUCGAAACUUGGGUAUUUGUGGUGUUCGGGUAUGAUAUGUACCUUCUCUCUAACUCGUGGUUUUAUUUAUAAAGUCGGGCGCUAGCCUUUUCUCUAAAAAAACAUCCAUGUAUGGCCCGAGGAGAAAAGGACAUGACGACACUGAACUAUAUAGUUUAAUUUCUUUUUCCUCUACUUCUCGAAUCCAUGUAUAGGCACUCUUACGACGACCUUUUCUUGAUUAGGUGGAUUCAACGUGCACCAUCCGCGCGAUCAAGUUCAUCGGAACGCCAGAGAGUCGGAAUGGAAUGAUCUGUCAAUGUGCAGACACGCUAGAGUGCCCGCACUGCCCAUGGAAUCAGUGUUGGAAUGGAAUUACUAGACGAAUUUUUCCAGCUGGAAAAUUUUGGAUGUGCCCGCACUGCCCAUGGAAUCAGUGUUAGAAUGGAAUGAUCUGUCAAUGUGCAGACACGCUAGAGUCGGAAUGGAAUUACUAGACUCCUGCUAGCUACAUGGGCCGUGGGCUACUGACCCAUUGUCGAUCCCAACCAUAAACCCCUAGAAGCCUCAGGCUCCGGCCAUCGUGCUCCAGGCAAGCAGCGCCUCCGUCCGCCGCUGCAGCACGCACGCACCAGCACCGCGGCCAUGUCCACGACCCUGAAGGAGCAGCAAGAAGAUGAAGCUCGAUCCGGGGACGGAGGAAGACGAUGAGGACUUCAAGGUCUCGUCUCCGUUUUGACUGUGAGCCCUAUGUCCCAAUUCCCAAAUAAUACUCCCUCCGUUUUUUUAGUCUGCAUAUAAGAUUUGGUCAAACUAAAACUUUGUAAAGUGUUACCAUCUUUCUAGAAAAAAAUAUCAACAUCUACAAUACUAAAGCUAUAUGGUAUGAAAAUUAAUUUCAUGAUGCAUCUAACAAUAUUGAUAUCAUAUUGUGAAUCUUGAUAAAUUUUUCUAUAAACUUAGUCAAACUUAACAAAGUUUAACUUUGACCAUAUCUUAUAUGCAAACUAAAAAGAAACGUAGGGAGUACACCCUAUUCUCGCUCGGGUAACAGAACUCUAUAUAUACUAGUAGUAGUAUAAAAAAAACAGAACCAUGUUUCAUUUUCCUGCUAGCACCCUAAUUUAUUUUCUUUGGCUAGCUAAUAACUGUUGGCCCGAUCGAAUCGAUCACCACGUAGCGGCGGCCGGCUACUGCAUCCUCCUCUCAAAUCUCAAUGGCGGCGGACACGGGGGUGACCGGAUCGCCGGAGCGAUCCAAGACGACCCGCGCUGACGACGACGUCGACCAGGAGGAGGAGAGGGAGGCCAAGAAGAUGAAGACGAAUCUGGACACGGAGGAAGACGCCGACGAUAGCGACGAUGAUGACGAGGAGGAGCUGGAGGUCCCGUCUCCGAUCCGCGAGCCCUACAUCCCCGACCGGCUAAAAAACCGCUUCGGCAUGGCUCACCCAACGAUAUCCGCCACCUAUCAACGCGCCGAAACCAAAUUCCUUGAUAAACGAGGCCGCACGGAGAAGCAGCUGCCCACGCGCCAAUACUUCAGAACAUCGCUCGUCCCUCUCCCCGACUCCGGGAGCAAGGCCGUCCUCUUCGCCGCCAGAUCCAUCAUCCGCCUCUCCUCCUCUCUCGGUGGCGAGCCGCUGGCGCAGUCUGCCGGUUUUUGGAUCGAUUGGGACGAGGGAAGCGGAACCGGCGUUGUUCUGAUGGCCGCGCAUCUAAUCUGCGCCAAAAAGCCGUUGGCCAAAGACCACUGGCGGCACAAAGACCGGUACCAGUAUCAUCCGGGUGCUCAAGUGCAUCCCUCGGUCCCACCUUGGAUUGCGGUGUAAGACCAUCAAGUUUCUAGAUCCCACUCAUGCCGAGUAUAUAUGGCGCAAGCUAAACAUUGAUGGCGGUCUUGUUGUUGAAGAGGUAUGUACAAUUGUUCCUUUAUCUUAUCUUUUGUCUUGCUAUUAUAUA